GCGGACGGCUGCAGCGCCCGAGGCCGGGGCCGCACUCCUGGGCGUGUCUCAUGGGGCGCAGGGGCCCGUGUCUGUCGAGUACACACCUGGGAGGGUAUCCUGUGCUCAGUUCAUGCGCUCAUGCCGCCCAAACCGAAGCUUCCCGAAGGCAGGAAGCGUGUUGGCACAUGGCCGUCUCUGUUACCCAGCGCAGCACCUGCUCUAAGGAGCCUCUCACGGCCGUUGGUUCUCUUUCCAGGGCGACCUUGGUGUACCGAGCCAUAGGUCAAGCCCUGCUUCUCCCAAUAUCAAGAAGCUUGUCUAUUUUUAGGCAGAAAGGAAGAGUAUCCAGUACCUUCUGCCCACAGCCGUACUCAGUAGACCAGAUAAAUGUGCUCAUUCCUGAUCAGUGUUCCCAAAAACCUAUAAAUGUCCCAUUUUUGUGUCCUUUCCACUCCACUCCACCUUUCGUCGGCUUGGUGUUUCUGCACAGGAGGGCUGGGAAAGCCGCAGGGAACCUUGAAACAUGAAGGUCCUCUUUCUCUUUGCUGUCCUCUUCUGCCUGGUCCAAGCGAACUCAGGGGAUAUUCCACCUGGAAUCAGAGAUGUUAUCUGCUUGACACAACACGGAACCUGCAGGCUUUUCUUCUGCCAUUUUGGUGAGAAAAAGGCUGAAAUCUGCUCCAAUCCCUGGAACAGGUGCUGCCUACCAACCACAGAGGCAGAAGGAAAAAAUAAACCAGAGAUGGACGGCAAAAAUGAUGGCAAAAACAAGAAAGCUGAGACCUAACAUGUAAGCUUCUGGAAGUCAGGAGGGCUCUUGAAGCAUUCCAAGGACUUACAAGGAUGUGUGGCUGA